GUGUUUACUGUCGUUAUUUCCGGGAGGCGUUGACGACAAACAGCCGCCAAAAUCAAACCUUUGUCCGCCGAGUGUCAAUAAGGUGCCUCCAAAGGGAGUUCGUCCAACAAAAUUGACAUUUUCAACUUCACCAAGGAUGGAAGCACCAAAAGGUGUAUUAAGUCACCUGUGCACGCUGGAGGUGCGGGCCAGGAGCAGGAAUGCUCAACCCACGCAGCGGAGUCGAGUGAAGGAGCUUCGGGCCCGCGUGGAGGCGCUGACCGCCCGGAGAGACCUGCUGAGGGCCGACCUCCGGACAUUCAAGGACGUAGAGAAGCGCAGGAGGCGGCUUGACGAUGUGCGUGCAGAUGAAGACGAAGUGGACUCUGAGGAUGCUGAGAAGUCCCAACUCCUGCAGCUGAUGGCCAGACAGACGCAGCUGACGGCGCUCCUGCACGCCCAUCAAGUGAUCGGCGGUUACGACGUUGUCAGCACCCGCCAGGGCAAAGGCGUGUGCGUGACGCUGGCCACGGCCUUCGAGGGCACGUACCUGGACUCCUUCAAGCUGGAGAUGGACCUCAGGCCCACCCUGAGGAUCAGUCGCCACAACCUGCCCCCGUUCAUCCCCCUGAUUCAGCUCGGCGAGCACAGCGACUCGCAGGCCGACCCCAGGGGCUUCCUGGACGCGCUCAGCACGCGUCUCAAUGCCUUCGCCGGACGCAAGCAGCAGCUGAAGCUUGUGAAGGAGCUCCACAAGUCCGUCCAGGUGAUGGAGAGCAACCUGCUGUGUUCCAUCCUGGUGCUGAUGCUGACCCUGAGCACCAAGAAGAGCGCCGUGCUCUGCACCGUGGACUACUUGGACCAGCAAAGAUGUCUUCCCACCAGCGUGCGCUUCCACUCUCAAGGCGAAGAUCUCCCAGAUUGUCCCGAGUGGAAAAACAACUGCAGCCUCUUGAUGGAGACGCCGCUCCACCGAGCGUUGACCGCCAUGAAGGACAUGGGUCACAUUGUUUGAGUCUGGCUAAUAAAAUAUUCUUCUUUCAA